UUCUACGUGGUUAUCGUGCUUCUCAAUUUUUGGUGCUCGUAAAGAUAUUUCCUCUCUACACUGCUUAUGGAUCUGCUGUACUUUCUUUUCCAAGUUCUGUCCCUAUUCACCUACGUACAGUUGAACAAUCCAGAAUGUGUGGCAACCAACGGGGAUUAUGGAGUUUGUACUACAACAGCUGAGUGUAAUCAAAGGGGUGGUAUUGUAGAUGGACCUUGCGCUGGAGGUUACGGAACAUGUUGUAUAUAAGCAGAGAGAGCCGAAACUUAACUUCUUAUUUUUUGGAGAUGAUAUGGAAGUUAUGGUAUCGUGUCGAAGUACAAUCAGAGAGAACGGGACGUACUUUGUCAAUAAUGGAUAUCCAGAGCCGUUUGCUGGUACUGAUUCAUGUCAAGCUACUUUGGUGAAAGCCAACCAAGACGUCUGUCAGUUCAGAUUAGAUUUCCAUCAGCUGAACCUUGUUCGUCCAGAGCCUAUCAACCACAUCUGUAACACGGAUCAAUUCAUAGUAUCCGGUGGCAAUCCGGUCCCGACAAUAUGCGGGAAGAGUAAUGGAAACCAUAUGUACAUUGACGCCGGUGCCGGUGUAGAUAAUCCUAUUACUCUGUCAGUGGUAACGGGCGAUAGUUCUUUCCAGAGAAACUGGAAGAUACGGGUGCUGCAGAUACCCUGCACUUCUCUUAAUCGAGCGGAAAAUGGAUGCCUGCAGUACUUUACCGGGGUAGCUGGUCAAAUACUGUCCUUCAACUACGACCCUACUAGUGGAGCUCAACUGUCUAACCAGGACUACGGGAUUUGCAUUAGAGCUGAGAGGAAUUUCUGCGGGGUACAAUACACACAAUGUCCAGAUCCGACAGCGGCCUGUAACUCCCCAGGGAUGCAACUUGUUAUGUAGUGAACAACCUUACCCAGUCUUUUACUCUCUCUGGCAACUCGAGAUCCAGGGUGCAAGCUAUGGUUGGGACUUCAGGCCCCAACUCGUGCCAAGCCGACUACCUGAUCAUCCCAAUGGUUUCCAAUGUUGGACGACCACUCACAGGAACUAGCAAUACCGUUGACAGAAUAUGUGGAGGCGUUCUUAGUGCUGAAGUGUCAACGCUAUCCAGUAGCAUCAAAACCAUAUGAUGCUAAGAUAACGCUGUAAGCGACUAGCUGCAUAUAAUGGAAUUCCUCUUUUUGCAACCAGAGGUUUAUGAUCCCUGAUUAAAGUGAAGUGGCGGCUAUAUAAAGACUGAUUGAAUUUUUUUAAUCCAAAAGUUAUUGCACAUGCGUCCCUGUUUAUGCAAGAAUAAUUUUUCUCUGGUGGAGCCGGCUGUGACCAUUUGGAAAAGCAUGUGAAGUCAUGGCCGAAAUUCCAUAAUCACUAGCGUCACAGGCUAGCAUCACAGCCAACGUCAAACCGUUCUACCUAUGGUUCCACACCGACGGCGUCGAAGCCCCUAAUGAUUUGGACAAUAAAGGAUUCUGUUUAAACUACAUACAGCUACCAUGUUCAUCGACGUUAUCUUAAUUAGUUGAUUAAUUUCUUAUGCUUUGAGUACCUGUUAGAAUAGCGGUAAUGUGCGACAACAAAUGUCAAUAAAUGUUUGAUAAUAGUA